AUGUUUUACGUUAGUUACGCCCGCGAUGGACACCGUUCUCACCUGUUCAGUUUCGGUCAGGGUCCCGUGUUUGAAUACAGCACGGGCACUAUAUCGUCCAUGACCGCCAUGACGGAUUCAGAUAUCACCAAAAUUGCCGAUGAAAAGCUCCUAUCGCAUUCGGCGCGUGUCAAAGACAAGGUCCUUUUGAUUACUGGCGGUGCUAGUGGUAUUGGAAAGGCGACAGCUCUCCAGUUUGCUGCCCAUGGGGCCAAGGUCGUCAUUGGGGACAAGGAUGCAGCUGGUGCACAGGCAACGGUUGACGAAAUCGUUCGAGCUGGAGGUCUAGCGACAUGUAUAUCCUGCGAUGUUUCUGCUUGGGACGACGUCGUGGCGUUAUUCGAGUUGGCCAUGAAGGCAUAUGGGGCUAUUGAUAUCGUGGUAGCUUGCGCGGGAGUAUCGGAAAUAGGCGCAUUUGGGGUGGUAAAAUUCGACACGAAUGGCAAGCCUCUCAAGCCAAUUUUGGCUACCAUUGACAUCAACCUGAUUGGCACUUUAUACAUCGCCCAUCUCGCCCAACAUUAUCUUGCUCAAGCUCGAACUGAAGGAGAUCUGAAAUCUCUGGUACUACUUGGUUCGAUAGCCUCAUGGAAGGCCAUUCGACGAGGAACAAUGUACAGUGCCUCAAAACACGCCGUACUCGGAACCAUGCGCUCUUUACACCCCGACUUCGCUGAACAAGACAUUCGCAUCUCAGUCGUCAGCCCUUUCUUCGCCGAUACACCCAUUGUUGCUUUGCCAAUCAAACUACUCCUGGCUGGCAUUCCUUUGACUCCGGUCACACGAAUUGUUGGCGCCAUCUUCUACUCCGCAACUGAUCCCGACCCGGAUUCUAACGGUUCCGCUUGGUUGUUACUCGACGAUGGCCCUGUAUUCCAAGUAUCCAAAGAGGACUUUAAGCUUGGCGUGUAUAAGGUUCUCGAUGAUCGAAUCAACAGUCUACAGAAGGGCGUGACGGGUUUGGUUUAUUACUCUCGGCUGGUGAAAGACGUCAUCCGUCUCCUCAAGGCUCCUUUGACGCUGACACUCUUGGGUGGCCUUAUUUGGCAUCAACAGAACAGCAUUCGACAGCUUGUGCAUCUGUAG